GUGCAGUGAAACUACUUCACACACCGCGAAAUGUGAUCCCUUCAUCCUACCCUCCAGGCUUCACGUUCGACUCGGUGUGACGCCGACCGCAGCAUUGAAGGCUUGGGGACGACAACAACCAUGGCACCCGAUAUCAACUCCCUGCCUUCGUCACCGCGUUCAGUCCAGCAGGCAGCAUCUCCCCCUCUCUCCAAUACAACACCGAGACGAACGUCACAGCCCAUGCCUCCCCCUCCUCUCCCCCUUCCAGCAACAAACCCAUCUCCUGCUGCCCACUCCGCCAAUCUCUAUCGCAGUCCAGUCAUGAACAGCAAUGAGCUCCACGGCGAGCCGCUGCGACAUCCACGUCCCUUGACUGCAGCCGAGUUGUACCUGGAAUGUGAGAAGGAGCAGGAAGCAGUGGUCAACCGCCUCACCCGCGAACUAACCGCCCUGCGAGCCCAAUCAGCCUCAGUGGCCUCCAACGCCUCGCACUCCUCCAACUCCACCUCCGCCUCCCUCCUACCCGUCGACAUCUCCGAUCCCAACCCCACCCACCAAAUCAUCGGCGCCACCCACCCCACUCCCUCCCGCCGACACCGCUCUUCUAGCUCCGUCAGCACCAGAAGCAUCCCGCAUACUCCAUCCACCGUAUCUACGGCUACAAACACCUCCACACAAGCCCACGCAGGCAGCACAACCAGCACCUCACACAACACACAAUCCCAAGCCUCUGCUGAUCGAGCAGCAGCAGCCGGGGGAGCAGGCAGCAGUCGCCCGCCAUCCUUCUCUGCCUCCGCCUCCGGCACAUCUACCCCCGCCCGCCAAUCCUUGGACCUCCCCCGUCAAACCCCCUACUCCUUUGCUGUCCCCUCUCGCCCGUCCAUCUCCCGCGACGCCUCUUACUCCUCUAUGUCCGCACAGCAAGGCACACCUGCCGCACCAACACAUCACAUCACCUCCCCGCACUACAUCGACACAGCAAACUACCGAAGCGAACUCGAGAACGUGAAAGCGGAGAACGAAAAUCUUCGCCAGCGCGUGCGCGCUUUGGAAAUGGCUCUUCGCGCCCGGCGCCGCGAUAGCAGCAACUCGGACGUUUCGCGCCCUUCGCGCCCGAGAGACAACAGCGGUACCUCUGCCAUCGCGAGUCCGCCAUUCGUCACUACGCCUCCCGAGAGCGGACGUACGGCAUUCAUCCCCACCGGCGUGGCGGCUUGGGCCGCUGCAGAUGGCGGAGUGGGCGGGGUCGCGCCCCCGAGGGAAAGGAGCGAGAGCCAGAGUACCACGGCUAGUAGUCGGCGAGGCAUGGCUGGGGCGGAAGACGAAGUCAAGCUCGGAGAGAGUGCGGGGAGUGUUGGGGUAGGGAGAGGUUCAUGAGAGCUAGCAAGAUGGGCGAUUAUGAGUUUUCACGACGAUGAUGCAGUAGCUCCUUUGUUUCACAGCGUGAGCGUGGAGUUUCAAUGCUAGGAAUGUCCAUUAGACAUCCAUGAACGAUUAGAAUGAUUCAAUCUGCGCAUCUCUCCGUCCCCUCCUUUCCAACCAUCUGACCAUCUCGGCAGAACCGCAAUCACUAUAUAUUGAAUCCUCCACGCUUGCCAUCUAACCAAUGACCGAUAGCAUCAAUCGAUGCCAUCGGUCGGCGGCCCAAAAAAUGCAAACCUGUUGGGGUCCUACGAGUCUCGCCUUGCUUUCUCUCCUGAA